UCCAGCCUAGUGUGGCUUUAAAUGCCUCGUGUUUUCUCCUUCCAGCCAAUUAACUUGUCUUCCACUCCCCGCAUCCAUGUCCUUAUCAGCUGUAUGCACCAAUAACGGGCCGUCCUUGAAUCCUGCGUGUCACCGUUCCGGGUGCGGGGGAGCCGGUGAGAAAGAACGAAAGAAAAAAAGAGAGAGAGAGAGAGGGAGAUUUAUCUAUCGGGAUGAUCUCGUGUCUCGUGUCUCAUGGGAGGCCGUUGCACGGACUUAUUACCAUGAUAGCUCGAUAACCGACCUCGGGUCGCCAGAAAAUUCCUACUUAACCUCCCCCGUCCCCCGGUCUAUCCUCCCCCAGUCAGUUUCUUUUCUUUCCAUCUUCCCUUCCUUGUACACCAAGAAAGCAAGGAUCAAGGAAAAAUGGCGGAAGAAAAACCCACUGCCGCUGCGGCCCACUACCAUGACCACGACGCCGAGGCCAACGUCAAGCAUGGCACCAUCCAGGCCAUGGUCGAGCGCGACCUCCUGGACGAACGCUACAAAAUCACCGAGCGCGGAUUGAAAAACCGGCAUGUACAGCUGAUGGCGCUGGGUGGUACCAUCGGAACGGGUCUGUUUGUCGGAUCGGGACAGGCGCUCGCCAUCGGUGGUCCUCUGUCGCUGCUGCUCGGGUACAUCUUCAUUUCCGUCCUGGUAUAUGCGCUGGUGACGGGGAUGGCAGAGAUUGGCGCCUAUCUGCCCGUGCAUGGAGGGACCAUGAGUUACCACGGGUUCCGCUAUGUGUCGCGCAGCAUGGGUUUCGCCAUGGGGUAUCUAUACUGGUAUUCGCUGGGGAUUCUGGUGCCGUACGAGAUUGUCGCCGCGUCCAUGGUCAUCGAUUACUGGCACCCCGGCGUGCACAUCGCCGUGUGGAUCUCCAUCAUGCUGGUCAUCAUUGUGCUGCUCAACUUCAUGCCGGUCAAGGCCUACGGCGAAACCGAGUUCUGGUUCGCCGGCAUCAAGAUCAUCACUCUGAUCGGCCUGCUGAUCCUCUCCUUCAUCCUCUUCUGGGGCGGCGGGCCCAAUCGCCAACGCCUCGGCUUCCACUACUGGAAGGACCCCGGCCCCAUGAACGAGUAUUUGGUGCACGGUGACGCUGGCCGCUUCGUCGGCCUGCUACAAACUGAUCAUCAUCUCCGGCGGCGAGAUGGAGUCCCCCGCCGCAACGUCCCCACCGCCGCCCGCCGCUACAUCUACCGGCUUGUCUUCUUCUACAUCUUCGGCGCCCUCGCCAUCGGCGUCAUCUGCUCCUCCAAAGCCAAGCAAAUCACCUCCGGCAACGGCGACGCCUCCUCCUCCCCCUGGGUCGUGGCCAUCCACAACGCCGGCAUCCCCGUCCUCGACAGCAUCGUCAACGCCGCCAUUCUGACGUCGGCCUGGUCCGCCGGCAAUUCUUUCUUGUACAUGUCCUCCCGCUCGCUAUACUCCCUCGCCGUCUCCGGCAACGCCCCCAGCGUCUUCAAGGCCUGCAACCGCUGGGGCGUCCCCUACAUGGCCGUCGGCGUCUCCGCGCUGUUCUCCUUGCUGGCCUACCUCGCCGUCGGCAGCGGCUCCAACACCGUCUUCAACUGGCUCAUCAACUUCACCAAUACCUCCGGCUUCAUCUCCUGGAUCUGCUGCAGCAUUGUGUACUUCCGGUUCGACAAGGCCUGCAAGGUCCAGGGCAUCGAGAAGCCGUAUACCUCCAAGCUGCAGCCCUACGGGAUGAUCGUGGGGCUUGUUGGUGCCACCUUCCUCGCGCUGAUUAAUGGGUUUACCGUCUUCUUCCCGUCCGAGUGGUCUGUGAGUGACUUCUUCACGGCGUAUAUUGGUAUUCCGGCUUUCCUGGUGUUGUAUCUUGGUCACAGGUUGAUCUUCCGGGAGGAUCCGUGGGCGUGGCGCAGUGAGGAGGUGGAUAUGCAGACGGGGUUGGCGGAGAUUAUUGCGGCCGAGAAGCCGCCCAGGGCUAGGAAUACGUGGUGGGAGAAGAUGAUGGUGAUUGUUGAGUGAUCUGCACUACAAGUGUAAUUAGAUUCUUAUGUACUAUUGACCCAGGAAUAUCAACGUUCUCAAC